AUGGAGGUUAUUCAAACCCAGUGCAUACAAUACCUUCCAACCAAUUCGAAGGUCAUCAUCGUCAUUCAUGUCGCCACCGCGGCCGGAUGGAUCAAAAAGCUCGUGGACUGUGGGAUCAUCACAAAGCUCGACUCUGAAAAUGAGAAGCCUGAUGGAUCUUGUGCCGACCGUGUUUUCCGACACGGUGGCGUUAUCCUGUUUGAUGGGCCUGCUAAUUUGAAACCAGACUUUCUCCAAGCAUGCUACGAUCUUCUCUCUAGGAAGUACGGGAACAUUCCGAUUGUUUGGUGUAGCAACAAGGCAGAUGUGGAUCAUGUGAUGAUGAUGGGAGACAAGAAUAUUACUCUGCCACACUUUGAAAUUUCUGCCAACAACGAUCACAACCUUGAGGCACCAUUCUCGGACCUGGCCAACAAGCUUACAGAAAAUGAUGAGCUGCUUUCUGUUAAGCCGCAGCCACCUGCUGUUACUCCUCCAGUACAUAUUCAGAUGGACAUGACUGCAGCACAGCGUGGGCCUGCUGCACAACCCUUUCCUGAUGAAGACAAUAAUGGCUGCUGCAGUGCUUGUCUCAAGUGCCCAAAGGCUUGCUAUUAUAUGGUUUCCAUCUCGGAUACUUGCAUGAACUGGGUAGAAGAAGCUUGA